CGAUUAUGAAAGAAUUCAGUAAUUAACAACACUGUUGGAGUUCGCCUUCAUUUAGACAUUUUUACUGUGCGCAUAUCGAGAUAGGUAGAGCGCAUGCUCAGUUUCGCCCAAUCGUCUCUGUUUCUAUAGAUUCCUUCACUUUUAUUUAUUGGUGGACGUUUUAACCAGUUUGUGAGUUCUGUGAAGUUAGUGAGUUUCACUGCACUGUUCUUUGGCUUUAUAGGUACCGGACGAAUACAAAUAAAAUAAAUAAAAAUGUUUGCCUGUGCUAGAUUAAUCGCUCCCGCCACCAGAAGCGCACUCAUCUCUAAUACGAAACAAUACUUAAGGCCCCUGAGCAGUGUAGUCAGCCAAAGCCAAGUGCAGGUACAGAAUGUCCAGCAACACCAACAACCUUCUCUUCUACCUGCCAUCCGCAGUUUCCAGACCACUCCGGUCAGCAGGGAUAUCGACUCCGCUGCUAAGUUCAUUGGCGCCGGUGCAGCCACAGUAGGAGUAGCAGGAUCAGGAGCUGGUAUUGGAUCAGUAUUUGGUUCCCUCAUUGUUGGCUACGCCAGAAAUCCUAGCCUGAAACAGCAACUCUUCUCGUACGCCAUCUUGGGUUUCGCCCUGUCCGAAGCCAUGGGUCUGUUCUGUCUUAUGAUGGCGUUCCUGUUGUUGUUCGCCUUCUAAGUUUCUAAGGCUGUUAUCGGCGAAGGUCACCAUCUGUUCCACCAUUUGUUACAUCAAGAUCAUUAAAAUUCAAUAGAACUUUUUAAUUUUUUGUGCGCGCUCUGUAUGAAUACGCGGCCGAUUUUAAACCACGUGAACUAUUCUAUAACAUCGAGAGAAUUUGGGCUUACUUUCUUUUUUUUCGUAUUUAAUAUCGGCAUGUAUUUGUUAAGAGUCUUGUCAAUGUGUUUUCUAGGAAAAUGGAAGCAGUAAAAACUAUCUAUUGUACAUUAUUAGAAAUUUUUAUUAUACAAAAACCUUAGUCCUUAUAAGCUAUUUUCUCUUUUUUUUUAUAUAAAACACAAUCAGAGCUGUUAUCAAUUAUUUUUAAGGUAAUAAAUUGUUUUCAUUUU